CCCGAUUCCCGAAUCUCGCUCUACGCUCUUCUUUUCUCCAUCCAGACAAUAUGAUCAAACGAUAAAACAAUUUUCCGUUCAAGAUGUCGACUUCGUCAGAGCUAUAUUUGCAAAAUAACUCAGGCGUAACACAAGAGCGAAAUACCCACCAGGGUGCGCAAGGAGUGUUCGCGCCAUCUCCUGCUUUAGAUCCCUCGCAAGCAGAUAGUAAUUCAGACAAGCUGGUCUCCCCGGAGACUACAACGGCACGGAAAGCGCAUCGCGCGAGAAGGGCCUGUGACGAUUGCCGUGGACGGAAAAUUCGAUGCGAUGGGCGACACCCUUGCCUGUCCUGUAGUGCACUGAAUCUUGAUUGCAGCUAUGAUCAACCGGACAAACGAUCUACGCGACUUUCACGGCGAGAGGUAGAAGACCUUGCGUCUAAACUACAGCGAGCUCGGAACCUCCUGCGGGCUCUCGCUCCGAAUCUUGAUUUGGAUGAUCCUCAUCUAGAUGCAACUGUCCUGAGCAAGUUACAACUUCCGAUCUCUAACAUGAGGUCUCUGGAAUCUACUGGUGCCAAGCUAUCAGAGUCUCCUCAUCAAAUCCCGCACCGUCCUGCGAGCCCUGAGCAAGAUGCAAACCUGGCAACUGUACUUGAGGAAACGGGGAGACUGAAUCUUGAUAAUACCGGCAACUGGAGUUAUCACAGUCACGGAUCAUCAUCUGCAUUCGUGCGAAGACUGGGCGAGCGUUUUGGUAACAUGUCUGAUUUGAGUAUCGAAGACAAAACGACAAAUCUUCGAUUGCGAGGCAUAUCCGACGCCUUUGAGUCAGCAAAUCAUUCGAUGAAUCCUGCAUUCGAAGAUUCAUCACGUGAAUUCAUCUCACUGCCACCACGAGAGGUUGCUAUUGAACUGGCCACUAGUGCCUUGAAUGAGGCCUGUGCUCUAUUCAACUUCGUGCAUAAGCCAAGCUUUUUUUCUAUGUUAGAAGAGGUUUACCUCCUAAAUUCUGCACAAUACACCGACAAGGAGCAUAGGUUUCUGCCACUUUUGUAUGCAGUUCUGGCUUUGGGCUACCUUUUCUCGUGCAACGAGCGGGCUCGCUCUGGCUAUACGCAUGCCAUAUCUGAAGGGAUGAGAUACUUCUCUGCAUCCCGCCAAAUGAUUGAUAUCGCGCAGUGUCGAAAUAUUCUCGCUCUGCAAACGGUUGUAUGCAUGACUUUAUUUCUUCACUCGUCGGCGUCUAUGCCUACUUGCCAUUCAUACAUCAGUGCAGCAAUGGCCGCCUCUCUCCAAAUGGGUCUACACCGUUCCCAACCAGCAGAAAUGAAUCCUGUUGAGAGGGAGACUCGAAAAAGACUAUUCUGGGCGAUCCGCACCUUGGAGACGUACAUUAUUGCAAUUCUUGGCCUUCCAAGAACCAUCUCGGACGAUGAUAUUGACCAAGAGAUGCCACUUGAGAUUGACGACGAGUAUAUCACGGAAGCAGGAAUCCUUCCGAUGCCAGAAAGGCGAGUAUCGCUAAUAACGGCAUCCAAUGCGCACAUUCGACUGGCCUAUAUUCUCGGCAGAGUCUCUACGGACGUUUAUCCGGCGAAACGGAUGCAGAGGGAGGUGUCCCAGAAGACUAGGGCAUAUGUCGUCAAUAAUGCAAAAGUUCGUGAAGUCGAGAACGAUUUGCAAAGCUGGCUGACGAGUCUUCCAACCCACCUUCGGCCAGGUCCGGCUUCAUCGAAUGAUCUAACAAGAGCCCAGCAUCUUCUACGGCUAGCUUUUACCCAUGUUCAAAUAACUCUUUACAAACCGUUCCUCCACUACAUCUCCCAAUCUCGCAAGGACAACCUCACUAGCAAUCAGUGCUACGCAUACGCAGCCGCAUGUGUUGAUGUCGGGCGAAAUGCGAUAUACAACGCCAGACAGAUGGAAAAGCAAGAUAUACUUUCUGGUCCAUAUUGGUUUUCGAUUUAUACAACGUUCUGCGCAACGCUCUCUCUAACAUUUCAUGUUUGGGAGAACGCGGAAGUUGAAAACGCUUUGGAGACAAUCAAAGAUGCCGAGUUUGGUCGGCAUGUGCUUAAGAACCUGGCUUAUCAGAGUACAGCUGCCGAAAGCCUUUCGGAAACGCUGGGUAUCAUUUUUACACUGCUACCUGGGAGACUCGGGAAUGACAAGCAGCACCCAAGGUCGAAAUUGACCCCGCAAAGGAAACGACCGCAAUCUCCAUCUCGGCCGAAUCUCGUGGAGGCUCAGCAGCAGAACAUCCCUGUACAUCAGAGUCAUCCAGCCAUGGAUGCCAACCAUCUUAGACAGCAAAGCAUCGUCGGGUAUGAUCCUAUCGACAUCACCCCUGGGGAUCUGAACUUCAAUCUCGACUCAAAUCAUUGGAUCUCAAACCAAACUUUAACUGCGCCGAACACAUUAAGCACGCGUUUCCUCGGUCCGGACUCGAUAGAAGAUAUUUUUUGUCACGCUCAUUCUGCGCCAGGAAUGAAUUCGCCAGAUUCUUCAUACCCGAGAACAGAUUUACAUUUGAACUCAGGGGUCGGCAAUCCUACUCCUGGUAUGGAUCUGGGUAAUCCUACUCCAUUCCAUACCUUCUCUUCUCUGGACCAGUAUGUCAGCAUGUUGGACACAGAUUAUGACGUUGGAACUGGCACGGUGCUAGACCAAUAUCCUCAAUUUUAAGGUCACACUGCCAACAGUGGGGCUCCAUGUGCAAAUACACAGUUGUUAAACGAAGUUAGUACUGUGCGAUGAGCGUAAUUGCUGGCGUUCAGCCCUUCAAUCCCCAAUUUUGUUUCAGUUGCGGAUAAGUACUGGGGUAUGACAUUCCAGUGGAUUUUCUUUGAACUUAUGCUCUCCUUUCAUUGAAAGUCUAUUACAACUGUGGACUAGCUGUCUGUGGCUCCCUAGAACGGGGGAGUAUCAUUCUUCGUUGUUAUUGUGUUGAGAGUUAUAUGCUCUCCGCAAUUCUAAUGUGCUUCUUGUACAUACUUCAACCGCAAGGGUGACUUAGUGCGCCUAUGCCCACGUUCAUCAUCUCUAAUUCCCUCUUUCUCCCUGUAAACUGCCUUUGUGUUGAACGGUGUGGUCAGAUCGAUAUGAGGACUACGGUGAGUUGAAGAGUAUAUCGCGUCUUGUUGGACUUUGAGACAUGACUUCAAGUCAUGUAUAACAAUUGCUAUGAUCGAGACAGUUUGCGACUUCUCCCAAGUCAAGGAGGUCCGUGUAUUCGGGGGAGGGGGCUCUGGAGCACUCUGUCGGCCAAGCGCGGCGAUCGCACGGUACCUUGUACGGCAUAGCCUGUUUGCAAGAUUUGGUCGAUGAUAUGUGUCGAUAAACCCAGAGGCAUCUGUCACCAAGAUGGUUUUUCCUGCGAUACCAUUGUAACUUGAUGAUUGGAGUUGAGAAGAGGUGUUGCACUCUUAAUUGUAUUGAGGGAAGAUGUUUACAAUAUGAUAUUACCUAGCUGUGAGAAGAAAAAAACCCAUCGGUUGAGACAUAUCGUCAUUGAAUCAUUUUGGGGAACAAGCUGACCAAGCUACGCAACCGCUUUAUCCCUUGCUUACAUUCACUAAAUGGUUG